AUGAAGUUUGUUUCUCCUUUCACCAUUAUCACCGGUACCAUCGCAUUCAUGGCCAAGUCCUGCAGUAGUGCUACUAACUGUGGUACCCCCGUCAUGAUCAUGGAUAACUUCGACGGUAUUGGAGCUGAAACAAUUACAAUGACAACUGGGACAACCUUCAUAGAAUGCACUGUUUCAUGCACAUCUGCUGUUGACCUCACUGUUUUUAUAUCAGAUGGAAUGGGAAAUCUCUUGAGCACCAUGACAACCGCAGAAAUGUGCGGAGACAUCCUUCAAGCCAUGACAACCCUGGCUUCUGUUAGCUUAGAUUUUGAUACAACCACCAACGUUAACCUGGUCUUCACAUGCACUUGCGAAGAUAGAAGCGCUGCUCCUUCUGUUUCUGCUGUUCCUUCUACGGUUCCUUCUUCUGCUCCUUCUGAAGUUGCUUCUAUGGUUCCUUCUGAAGUUGCUUCUAUGGUUCCUUCUGAAGUUGCUUCUGAGGUUCCUUCUUCUCUCCCUUCUUCUGCUCCUUCUGAAGUUGCUUCUAUGGUUCCUUCGGAAGUUGCUUCUGAAGUUCCAUCUGAAGUUCCAUCAAGUCUUCCAUCUACUCUUCCUUCUUCUGCUCCUUCUUUGGUUCCUUCUACUGCUCCUUCUGCUGGUCCGUCUGCUGCUCCUGUUCCUGCUCCUUCUGAACCUCCUACUCCUUCCUCUUGUUUUUCAGAGCAAGCCACUGUGCAUGUGGAACAACCAGGCCAAGGCCAAGUACAGCUAUCCGCCAAGAUGACAGACCUCAAGAUCGGAGACAUGAUCUUGACAGCCAAGAACCGAUUCCAACCAAUCUAUGCCUUUGCCCACAACGAUGCCACCACUGAAACGGAAUUCCUCCAGAUCCACACCACAAGUGGCAAGAAACCAUUGGAAGUCACUGGCCAGCACUUGGUCUAUCUGCAGGGCAAGGAUUCCCCAGUCACAGCCAAAUCCAUCAAGGUCGGUGAUAGUCUCAUGGAGGCUGGGCAAGAACAAGGAGGACCUGCUGUUGUUGCCAAGAUUGAGACUGUCCAGCGCCAUGGAAUCUAUGCUCCCCUCACUCAGGAUGGCACCCUUGUGGUGGAUGGCUUUGCAUCAUCUUGCUACAUUUCCCUCCAACCCAACGGUGAUCCCCAAACCAUGGAACUACAAGGCCAUUCCACAUCCAUGAUGUCUCACCACUGUGUUGCUCAUAUGCUCAUGACUCUGCCUCGUUUGGUUUGUAUCGGUGGCAUCAACCCCAAAUGGUGCCAGACAUACAAUAAUGACGGUGUGACUGUUUUCGUACAGAUGGCGUUUGAUUUGUCUGACUGGUUCCAUGUCCAGCACUGGGUGGUCCAGAUGUUCCUUUUUGCUGUCUACUUGGUGGUCUUGUGUCCCCUCUAUGCCAUGGAGCUCUUGUUUGGUGCCAAGCUGGCUGCUGCCGUGGUGGUUGGUGGAUUGGUCUUUGUGGGUUCUGUUGUCCAUGGAAAGAAUGUUCCUGCUGCUGUGGACCCAGCGGACUUGAACUUGAAGAACGAAUAA